AUGAAUUAUCCCACUAGCAUCAGUCUUCAAACACUUAAAAGCCAAUUAGAUAUUUUUGAGAAAACCCUACUUGUUAAACAAAAAGUAGCCAACCAAGACUAUUUUAAGCAAUUAAUUAAGGUUGAACUUGGUAAACUUCUUAAAUCUUUACCCAAAGGAGUAAAGAAAAUUGAAAAGGCGAUAUUUAUACAGGCGGUUGAAACGAACAACAAGACACUUCCAACAUCCACAAAGUCUUUGCAAGACACUCAAAAUCUCAAACAAUCCUUAACGGAUGGCGAGGCCAAAACUCUCACUUCUAACUUAAUCGAACAAAAAUUAGGUGGUUCCGAAAAAUUUCAAGAAGGAGUUUACCAAGCCAAACCGGAAAUAGUUAAAUCAGUCCUGGAAGAACUAAAAGCUAAGGGAACAAUUUUAAAAGAAAUCCACAACAUCUUUGGUCCCGAUGAGUUUUAUCCGACCGAACCCAGUGACAGCAUUCCCAAAGGACGAGAAGGCUUUCGUAAAAAUGCUAAAGAAUUGGCCUUACAACAAGCCGAAGAACAAGCCCAAAUUAAAGCCAUUGAAGCUUGA